AUCAGUAAGAGCAUUCAACAGCCCACCUACUGCCUCAUCAUCUCUCUGGCUGUGGCUGACUUAAUGGUUGGCUGCGUAGCCAUACCAUUGGCUGUGAUGGUCGAUGGAAAAAUGAACACUUCAUUCCACGUCUGCCUCUUCAUCAGCUGUGUGGUGAUCCUGUUGUCUCUAGUCUCAGUUUUGACUCUGGUGGCCAUUGCAGUUGACCGUUUCCUGCGGGUGUAUAUCCCUUUCAGGUAAAAUUAUUCAGACUUAUACUUCCUGAAUAUGCAGAGAGAAGUAAAAGCAUACUGCCAGACAAAGGGGUUGAAUUUAAUCUAAUGCAAAACCUACAUGUAUGUAAUGUGAGGUGUGCCUAUUACUGUUUUGGAUUAUUGAUUUUGUAGAUUUGUUGACACUUUCAGUCAGAACACACAUACAUAAAUAUUGUUGAUGAUACUAAUAUUUAUUAAUUGUUUCUAUAGAUACAGAAAUACAGUCACACAGAGACAUUCUUGCUUUGUGGUCGCAGCAUGUUGGCUUGUUGCAAUACCACUGAGUUUUGCACCUAUGCUUGGAUGGUACAAACAAAAGACCUUGUCUGAGUCAGCCAACUCUACAAUUGUCUGCCGGUAUAUAGAUGUGAUCCCCAUGUCAUAUCUCGUCUACUUUAGCUUUUUCCUCUGCACACUGAUACCUCUGUUGAUUAUGGCUGUGUUGUACGGCUACAUCUUCAUUACCAUUCGAGGAAAGCUUCGAGAGAAACCAGGCAACAGUGUCCAAACACAGUCUUACAACUACCUGAAGAAAGAGAGGCAGCUAGCAGGAUCUCUGUCUCUGGUCUUCGUCUUGUUUGCCCUGUCCUGGCUCCCACUCCAGAUCAUGAACUGCAUUGCUUACUUUGGUGGGGAGGAUAUUGUACCAAUACCAGCCUUCUAUGUUGGCAUUAUGCUUUCUCAUGUUAACUCAGCUCUAAACCCAGUUGUGUACACGUUCAAAAUCAAGAAGAUCAAGACAACAUACCUGCAGAUCUGGCGGCGCUGUAUUGACUGUGGAGACAACAGACAACAAUCUCAGUGUGAACAGAGUGCCUGA